AUGAGUCAACCGUACAAUUAUUAUCCUCAGCCUUCAUACCAACCUCCUAUAAAUCAGCCAUACCCUACUUUAUACCGUCCACAAAUACCCCAAGGUCCAUCGCCUGUUCCCUAUGACCCGGCCGCCUACAGUACACAUCCCCAUAUCAGCACACCACGUCCACACCGUCAUCGAAGAAGGGAGUCAACGCCUUCCGCUGCAGCACCUCCUCCCUUGAAAUCCGCUCUAAAGAAGACCAACACUUACACUGCUACACCUGGCCCCCAACCCCCCAUUGAAUUUCCUAUAACAAGGCCUCGCUCAAACUCGUUUUCCCAGCAACCUCAUGGCUUUACAAGACCUCGGGUUUACUCGAAUUCUGCAUAUCCGCAGAAUGACAUUAUAUACCCUUCAAGAGAAGAAGAAUUUACUCCAUUGCACAUGUUCUUAUCGUUCCAUGGCUACAACGAACUACAUUUGGAGGGUAUCACAGAAUUGGCCCUCAAGGAAUUACGAUCCAAGAUUUGGAAUCGAUGGGCAGAUGGAAUAGAAUCUGAUACCGUCGAUAAUCACAGGUGUAUUGUGCGCUUCAAAAAUGCUCCUUGGGACAUGGGUGGGCCUAAGCAUCUUCUGGCCUUGAAGUUGAUUCUCGAGUUAUUCUCCCUUUGCGCACAACGGGGAUAUGCUUUCCAAACUUCCGUGAACAUAGGAACACCUAGUCCCCGGCUAAUUUUCCAGGUUCUAGCACCUGAUCUUACUUCGCAGUUCUUCGUUGCAUAUUUUUCCCAAGGGGGACGUAGAUUAACACUCAUAAACCCGCCUGGGCACAUUGAUCUAUCGAUAGGCGCGAUGCUCAAAGACGUUCUACGGAGCAGAAUAUCUGCAGAUUACGUCGUGGAUGAAAACAUCAGGGUUAUCGAAGUUAGAAAAAAGGCAGGUGGUUUUACAGGAGCUGAAGUAGAGCCAGCGCACUUCCUCAUGCAUGUGCUAAAAAUCAUCAGCAAUUUGGGUUUCCAACUCGAUGCAGCCAUACCACUCCUUCGUCGAGGGCAGCUUGGAAUGCGUUCGAGCAGGGAAAUCCUUAUCUUCAAAGGAUCUAACCCUGGCUGAAAGCUCCUUUUCUUUUUAUUGGGCUGUUUAAUUAAGCGUUACUAUCGGCCAUUUAUGAACCUCAGUAGCAUGUGUAAGUGUACUACUCUUUGGACAGACAUGGAUGAAAAAAAUAAUUCUUUCAACUUUC